ACCUUUUUUUUUUUGGGUGGCAUCCAUGUGCAAAAAGCAAUCUGCAAAGAAAUUAAAACUCUUACAACCAAUCCAUCCUUUCUAUCAAAAUCUUUUACUUUUUUUUUCUUGAGCUUCCAUUAUUUCUUUUGAGAUUUAAGUAUCCCAUGUCCAGCUCUAAAGGCAUGCUCUUGAUUAUUUCUCCCUAACAUGCGGUUUUCCAACAAUUUGCUGCUGCUGCUGCUUCCUCUUUUUCACCUUUAUAACACUCUGCCCCAUCACAACCUUUGCUUCUCUGUGUUGUGUUCUCUCUCUGCAUGACUUUCAGCGGAGCAAAAACUAAAAGAAACCUCGUUUUCUGCAGACUUCCCCUCUGGGUUUCUUCUUUUUCUGCUGAGUAGAAAUGGGAAUUAAGGGAGAAUUGGUUAGGAAUGUCUUCUCCAGGAAUCGCUCUUUCAAGACCCAUCAUGAGAAAAAUAUGAGGAACAACAAUUCAGUGGAAAGGAAAAAAUGGCACUCUGUUAGAUCUUACCUGUGUGGCGACGAGUACAAUUUAGUUCUUGCGGAGGAAGAUGCAGCAUCCAUUAGAAGCUCUGAAGCAACUGUCACGCAGCCUGUUCCAGAGACACAGGUUUCAACACAGAAACAAGAUCCUGAACCGGAGGUUUUGGAUUUAAGCUCCCAAUUGAAGCACCAAGAACAAGCAGCACUCAUCAUCCAGUCAGCAUUUAGAAGCUUUCUGGCUCGGCGUCAAAAUGAAGAGAUCAAAUGGGGGGAUUGGAAGAAGGAGAUCACUGAGGGAACAGAAAGCCCAAGCAGAGAAUCUCUAAGCACGUCGGUUGAAGUUUUGACUGGGAAUUCUGAAGCUUUCUCUGUUCAAGAAGAAGGAAUUGUUCUUUCCAACCGAAUCCAGCAGAAACCCAAAACCCAAUUACAUAAGCUGAAGGAAGAAUGGGAUGAUAGCACAGUGAGUAGCAAUGUAUCGAGAAUGAGGAUUCAGAACAGGCUAGAAGCAUCAACCAGGCGUGAAAGAGCACUAGCUUAUGCUUUCUCGCAACAGCUUCGAAUCUGCUCCAAGAGAAAGCUCGCAAAAUCUGACGCUAUGGAAGCAAACAUGAGCUGGAGCUGGCUUGAGAGGUGGAUGGCCACCCGCCUUCCUGAAGGCUCCUCUGUUGAAACUCACACGAGGAAGCCAACGGAAGCCAUCGACAACAGUCAAAGAUUGGUGCUAAGCCAAAGACUCUUUGAUAUAGGCGGGGAAGAAAAGGAAAGCUGCGGAUCUAAUGAGGUAUCUGUAAGAUCUGUUAACUUCUCUGCGGAUGUUGUGCAGGGCACAGAUGGUAACUUAACUAAGAACAGAUCAAAGGGUUCAAGUUACAUAUCAAGGAGGAAGACUGUACCAAGCCUUCAGCAUCAUGGAGAUUUUACAAAGGUGAGCAAACGGGACUGGGUAGCAGAGACUGAAAGAGAUCAAAGGAGCAGACUAAAGCAAGCUGGGGAAAGAGGAGAAAUCAAAUGUAAUGAUGCAUAUAUCAACAGUUCUCCGAAUUCCUCUCCGGUCGAAUCCAGAAUCGGUGUGUAAAUCUGGAAAUUGAAACCUUCUUGUUGAUCUUUGAUGUUAUUUAUGUUAAGGAAACCCCUUGUAUAUUAAGGAUAAGAACUAUCAUAAACAGUGAGGAACCAAAACUUAAGAUGGAUGAUAAUGCAAACAAGCCUUAAAUAAA